UAUUGAUGGGCGCAAAUUAGAAUUGGAUGCGGAAAAUGAACAAAGUGCUAAUAAAUGGUUUAAUGCAUUGCAACAUCGAUGUGAAAAUAUUGAAAUGAUUACAAGUAUUAGAAGAAAAAAGGACGAUCAUUACGCUUUGAAACUACAUCAGUAA